GCCACGGGUUGGAAGGGGUAGAGCUGGCGGCUCGGCCACCUCGCCGUAGUCUGGCCUUUCCUUAUUUCGCUCCCACAGAUAUAUGUAGAAUCUGUAUAGACGUAGGCCGUAUCCGGUGUCCGAGGCGACCUCAUCGAGAUGAUGUUAAGAGGAAACCUGAAGCAAGUACGCAUUGAGAAAAAUCCGGCCCGCCUUCGCGCGCUCCAGUCCGCGGCGCGGGAGAGUGAGCCGGCGGUCGCGGCCGCCAUGGCGCUCGCGCUAGCCGGGGAGCAGGCGCCGCCCGCGCCCCCGGAGGACCGCCCGGACGAGGAGAUGGGCUUCACCAUCGACAUCAAGAGCUUCCUCAAGCCGGGCGAGAAGACGUACACGCAGCGCUGCCGCCUCUUCGUGGGAAACCUGCCCACCGAUAUCACCGAGGAGGACUUCAAGCGGCUCUUCGAGCGCUACGGCGAGCCCAGCGAGGUCUUCAUCAACCGGGACCGCGGCUUCGGCUUCAUCCGCCUGGAAUCCAGAACACUGGCUGAAAUUGCAAAAGCAGAACUGGAUGGCACCAUUUUGAAGAGCAGACCCCUCCGAAUUCGCUUUGCCACACAUGGAGCAGCCCUGACUGUCAAGAACCUUUCUCCGGUUGUUUCCAAUGAGCUGCUAGAGCAAGCAUUUUCCCAAUUUGGUCCAGUAGAGAAAGCCGUUGUAGUUGUGGAUGAUCGAGGUAGAGCUACGGGAAAAGGUUUUGUAGAAUUUGCAGCAAAACCUCCUGCACGAAAGGCUCUGGAAAGAUGUGGUGAUGGGGCAUUCUUGCUGACAACGACCCCUCGUCCAGUCAUUGUGGAGCCCAUGGAGCAGUUUGAUGAUGAAGAUGGCUUGCCAGAGAAGCUAAUGCAGAAAACGCAACAAUAUCAUAAGGAAAGAGAACAGCCACCACGUUUUGCUCAACCUGGGACAUUCGAAUUUGAGUAUGCAUCUCGAUGGAAGGCUCUUGAUGAAAUGGAAAAGCAGCAGCGUGAGCAGGUUGAUAGAAACAUCAGAGAAGCCAAAGAGAAACUGGAGGCAGAAAUGGAAGCAGCUAGGCAUGAACACCAGUUAAUGCUAAUGAGGCAAGAUCUAAUGAGACGUCAGGAAGAACUCAGACGCUUGGAAGAACUCAGAAACCAGGAGCUGCAAAAACGGAAGCAAAUACAACUGAGACAUGAAGAGGAGCAUCGUCGUCGAGAGGAAGAAAUGAUCCGACACAGAGAACAGGAGGAGCUGAGGCGGCAGCAAGAGGGCUUUAAACCAAACUAUAUGGAAAAUAGAGAACAGGAAAUGAGAAUGGGUGAUAUGGGUCCCCGUGGAGCAAUAAACAUGGGAGAUGCGUUUAGCCCAGCACCUGCUGGUAACCAAGGUCCUCCUCCAAUGAUGGGUAUGAAUAUGAACAACAGAGGAACUAUACCUGGCCCACCAAUGGGUCCUGGUCCUGCCAUGGGACCAGAAGGAGCUGCAAAUAUGGGAACUGCAAUGAUGCCAGAUAAUGGAGCAGUGCACAAUGAUAGAUUUUCCCAAGGACCACCAUCUCAGAUGGGCUCACCUAUGGGGAGUAGAACAGGUUCUGAAACCUCUCAAGCACCAAUGAGUGGUGUGGGUCCUGUGAGUGGUGGUCCUGGUGGCUUUGGUAGAGGAAAUCAAGGGGGCAACUUUGAGGGCCCUAAUAAGCGUCGCAGAUAUUAAACUUUCUUUCACCAUAUUUAGAAAAAAAGUUUCAGUGGUAUGCCUUUACACUUUUACCUGUUACCUGAAAGAAAUGGUUUUAUCGUUGAUGUAUGUAGACUUAAAAUUUUUUUUUUUUUAAACUUGAGGUUUUUGUAUUUUUCUUUUAUUCAUAAGCUUUGUUGAGAAUGGUAACGAUGAUGCUCAUUGUGAAUGUUAAAAUGUGUUUGUGACUUUAGCUAAAUAUAAGUAUGCCAUAGUACUGUGACAACUAUGUAGUUACUUAAUCUCAAUAAAGAAAUCAUUUUGGGUAAUUUAAAAAUGUUAUUAGUUGUAUUCUCAUGAUUUUACUAAACUUUACUGUAAUAGUAAUAUUUUGGUUGCUUUAACUAAUACAGCCAUUUAAAGAGAAAAAUGAUUUUACUGUUUGUGCAAGUAGCCUUGAAGAUAGAAACUUAAUGAAAGCUAAUGUCCAUAAGGGGGAGAUAGAGUAGUAUAUUUGGGGGUGGGUAGGUAUGGAAGUUUAAUUUGUAUAAACUUGAUGUUUUGUGAAAUCGGAGUUGCUGCCAACAUUUCAUAUAGAUUCUGAAUAUUCAGGUAUUCUGAGAAGGAUUAUUAAGGAUACCUUUGUCCUGUGCUGAUUUUUCCAAAUAAAUCUUUUGAAUCUUGAUCAAAAAAAAAAUGU